AUGGAGAAUUACCAGAAGUUGGAGAAGAUCGGGGAGGGAACGUAUGGUGUGGUUUACAAGGCUCGAGAUCUCCUCCAUGACAACCGAAUCGUCGCAUUGAAGAAAAUCAGACUCGAAGCCGAAGACGAGGGCGUCCCUUCCACAGCCAUCCGAGAAAUCUCACUGCUCAAGGAGAUGCGUGACCCCAACAUCGUCCGUCUGUUCAAUAUCGUACACGCCGACAGUCACAAGCUCUAUCUCGUCUUUGAGUUCCUCGACCUCGACCUCAAGAAGUACAUGGAGGCCCUGCCGGUGGCUGACGGCGGCAGGGGCAGGGCGCUUCCUGAGGGCACGAGCGGCGAGCUGGCCCAGCUGGGCCUGGGAUCGGCCAUCAUCAAGAAGUUCAUGAAGCAGCUGUGCGACGGCAUAAGAUUCUGCCACUCUCACCGCGUGCUGCACCGCGACCUGAAGCCCCAGAACCUGCUGAUCGACCGCGAGGGCAACCUGAAGCUGGCGGAUUUUGGUCUGGCUAGAGCCUUUGGAGUCCCUCUUAGGACGUACACUCACGAAGUCGUCACGUUGUGGUACCGCGCUCCGGAGAUCCUGCUGGGAGGUCGACAGUACUCCACAGGUGUGGACAUGUGGUCAGUUGGUUGCAUCUUUGCCGAGAUGUGCACGCGCAAGGCGCUGUUCCCAGGCGACUCCGAAAUCGACGAGAUCUUCAAGAUCUUCAGAGUUCUUGGCACACCGACAGAGGAUGUGUGGCCGGGUGUGACCAGCUACCCUGACUUCAAGUCGUCCUUCCCUAAGUGGAACCGCGACUUCUCCCAGCCUCUCUGCCAAAACCUUGACCGCCACGGCCUUGACUUGCUCGAGAUGAUGCUUGUCUAUGACCCAGCAGGCCGCAUCUCUGCCAAGGCCGCCUGCAACCACCCCUACUUCGAGGACUUUGCCACUCCCACGAAGUCAGACUACGGCUACGCAUGA